AUGACCGCCGGCGCCGCCCCUCCUCCCCAAAUCCUCCUCGCCAUGUCCGACCUCGGCUUCCGCGUCACCCACACAUACGGCCUCUCCGAGACCUACGGCCCCUCCACCGUCUGCGCGUGGAAUCCCGAAUGGGAGUCCCUCCCCCCCUCCACCCGGGCCCGCCUCAACUCCCGCCAGGGCGUCCGCUACGUCUCCCUCGAAUGCCUCGACGUCGUGUCCACCACUCAGGACGCGACACCUGUCCCUCCCGACGGGAAAACCAUGGGCGAGGUCGUGUUCAGGGGCAAUGUCGUCAUGAAAGGGUACUUAAAAAAUCCGAAGGCCAACGAAGAGGCGUUUGCGGGCGGGUGGUUUCACUCGGGGGAUUUAGGGGUGAAGCAUGCGGACGGGUACAUCGAGAUUAAGGAUCGGUCGAAGGAUAUUAUUAUAUCGGGUGGGGGGAAUAUAAGUAGUGCGAAGGUGGAGAAUGUUUUGUACGGGGAUUUUGGAGGUGUCGGUUGUGGCGCGGCCGGACGAGCGGUGGGGGGAGUCGCCGUGUGCGUUUGUGACGUUGAAGCCCGGAAUUGA